AUGGCGGCAGAGACAGGGGAGGGGCUGAGCCCGUACGAGUGGUACAACCCCCACCCCUGCCUGCGGGGCCGCCCCCACGUCCUGGAGAACCAGUACAGCCUCGGCAACAGCCUCUGGUUCCCCAUCGGCGGCUUCAUGCAGCAGGGCUCCGAGGUGCUGCCCCGGGCCCUGUCCACGCGCUGCGUCAGCGGGGUCUGGUGGGCCUUCACGCUGAUCAUCAUCUCGUCCUACACGGCCAACCUGGCGGCCUUCCUGACGGUGCAGCGCAUGGAGGUGCCGGUCGAGUCCGCCGACGACCUGGCCGACCAGACCAACAUCGAGUACGGCACCAUCCACGCCGGCUCCACCAUGACCUUCUUCCAGAACUCGCGGUACCAGACCUACCAGCGGAUGUGGAAUUACAUGCACUCCAAGCAGCCCAGCGUCUUCGUGAAGAGCACGGAGGAGGGAAUCGCCCGGGUGCUGAAUUCCAGAUACGCCUUCCUGCUGGAGUCCACCAUGAACGAGUAUCACCGGCGCCGCAACUGCAACCUCACCCAGAUCGGGGGGCUGCUGGACACCAAAGGCUACGGCAUCGGCUUGCCCCUGGGCUCCCCGUUCCGGGACGAGAUCACGCUGGCCAUUCUGCAGCUGCAGGAGAACAACCGGCUCGAGAUCCUCAAGCGCAAGUGGUGGGAAGGGGGCAAGUGCCCCAAGGAGCAGGAUCAUCGGGCCAAAGGCCUGGGCAUGGAGAACAUCGGGGGCAUUUUUGUAGUUCUCAUCUGCGGACUCGUCGUUGCCGUCUUUGUGGCCGUCAUGGAAUUCGUCUGGGCCACGCGCCGCUCGGCGGAGACCGAGGAG